AAGUCUUGCAGCUGUGUGUUCAAGCUGGCUGGCUUUACAAACCGUUAGUUGCUUUCAAACAAAGAGUUGACUUUCCUGUAUUUCUGUUCGCUAUGAAGUGGCUGCAGCUGCUGUUCACGCUCAUGGAGGUCGUUCUACUUUAUGCGAUCCGAGAGUCAGACUUUGCGAAUCAUUCACAGGUGGUCUAUUUUGAUUUGCCUCGCAAUUGCGAUGACACUGGGAAAAGCACCACGUGCUGCGCAUGUGGACAGAUGAAAGAGUAUGGGCUCAGUGAUGAAGAAAAAGAAUGGAUGCAUUCUGAGUGGGGGCGGUUGGAUGACAUGUGUUCGCGAACAACGGACGAGCACCAAAAGAGAAUUUGCUGCCCGCUGUGGGCUAUCGAUUGCAAGGAGACAGAUCCAUACUACCUCCAUCGCUGGAAGCAGGAGUGCGUGCCAGAGGACAAGGAGUGCCUGCUGACAGAGUGCAGAGAUGUGAGUGAACGACUCGCAACUGCCAAGAAGAUGCUGAAGGUAGCCAAAAUGAAGCUGCAGGCGAUUCCUACUUGGAAGGGCGACUACAUUACUGGCAAAAGCAAUCAUCAAUGGAGGUGCAAGUGUGUAUGCGGGGAGCUGGAGAACGAGAAGACGAUGGAAUGCAAAAGGAACAGAGAAGGAUGGAGCACCUGCCCUGAUAGUCGGCCCUGCUGCACAAAUCUGGAUGAUUGCAAGGCAGAGGAUCCCUGGCCCAAGAAAGUGGAGGAACAGUACGAGAAGAAGACGGCCAAACCAAAGGUUAUGAACUUAGGAAUUUGUCGAGUUUCUUUGCAAAGUGGAGCGAUCAAACCGGCCACAAUCUUUUCAGGCACGGGUCAAAGCUACUUGGCAGGGAAGGGAAACGCUGGUCAAAUCAACUCUUCAUCAGCAAUCUCUUUAGUGGACUGGUUCGUCCAUGCUGAGGAGGCCAAGCAAUAUGUGAUGUAUUUGGAACAAAUGACAGAGGUUUGCCUCACGAGCUGCCGUCUUGAACGUUCCCAAGUCUAUCUGAAGGAAUUGAAGAGUGUAAAGAAGAAGAAAGUGUUUGGUAAGGAUAAGACAUGGCAAGCUGCCAUUGAGAAGGACCGCUUCAAGAACAAACUCAAGACGGGAGAGUCAAACAUGUGGAAAGAGCGGAAGAGAGAGUUGGACAAUGAGCGAAGAGAGUUUCGCCUCGAGCAUCAGCUGGUGAAACUGCCGAAGGGGAAAAUCAUGGAGCUGUCUGGCAAGUCUUGUUGCACUUGCCAGCAGACGCUGAAAUCUGAGCCACAGGGUGACUUUGAGGCGGCCUCCAAGCUCUUGCCUCUUCCGAGGGCCAUGCGCUUUUGCACUGCUACAUCGUGCAGCGCCUACAAGGCAGAAGAUGAGUCCUAUGGAUCAGCUUGCAGGUCCGUGCUUCCGAGUUUCUGCCGGGGAGAUGUGCCAGAAUGUCCCGCUGACCUAGGUUCCUUUGCGACACCAGUUCCUUGGGAAUAGGAACAGCCAGAGCGAGAACGGCAGGUCGAGCUUGCGCCCAAGCAAA